AUGGAAGAAACAAAGAAGAAUGCCAGGGGUAGACAGAAGCCCAUAAGGACUGAGUGGAAUUCCCGGUGUGUCCUUUUCACCUAUUUCCAAGGGGACAUAAGCAGCGUCGUGGAUGAGCACUUUUCCAGAGCUCUGAGCAAUAUCAAAAGCCCUCAGGGAUUGAGCCCCUCAAGCCAGAGCCAAGAUGUGACCAUAAGAAACGGUGAGUGUAUGCCUCCAAAUCAAUGGCGUUUAUCUUCUCAGUGGAGAAAGCCACAGCCUGAAGGCUCUCUUGCAAAUGGUGGAGCCAGCUGCAGCUUGAAUGUGUCUGGUCCCAUGGCUAUGGAUCCGUACCCACUAUCCCUGCCAGGGAGCCCCUCUGCACGGCCCAGAGAGCCAUGGCAUUUCUCAUCCCUAGCCAGCCGGAGCUCCCCAGAGCCUGGUUACCCUCAUGCCUUCCCAGGUGGCCACCUGGCUCCAGAGCCCAAGCCUGAUGGGAAAUAUGAGCCUCUUCUAAGUGUCCUCCAGCAAGAAAGAUGCCUAGCCUGUCCUCAGGAGCCUGCCACGAGGGAGGACCACAACUCUGCCCAGAUAGCUGGAAGAGCAGGAUUGCUCCUCGACCUGCCUCCUGGCUCUGCGCACUAUAAGAAAAUCUAUUUCUCCUCAAGUCGUGCACCGGCCAGUGCCAGCCUUGCAAAUGAAAGUAGGUAUCUGGUUUCUGCCUUUGACAGGGAUGCUCUGUGA